AGUGAUCACUGGGCUGCAUUGCUGGGCUCCUGCUCUCAGGGAAGGACGUGCAGGGUUAAGCCCAGGAUUUACACAACAGCAGCUCUGCCCAUUCACAGUGGCCCUGGGACAUAUCACUCUUUAGUGGCCAAGUAUGAAGCCCUCUUUCCUUCAUAUUCCAGCGGCGGCUCUGCUCCUCUGCUCUCUAUGGAUUUUGCCCAUUCAUUGCUGCAAUAAGGCACUUUGUGCAAGUGAUGUCAGCAAAUGUCUAAUACAGGAGCUGUGCCAGUGUCGGCCCACGGAUGGAAACUGCUCCUGCUGCAAGGAGUGUAUGCUGUGCCUGGGCACACUCUGGGACGAGUGCUGUGACUGCGUUGGUAUGUGCAACCCAAGGAACUACAGCGAUACGCCCCCAACCUCCAAAAGUACAGUAGAGGAACUUCAUGAACCCAUUCCAUCCUUGUUCCGGGCUCUAACUGAGGGAGACACCCAACUUAAUUGGAAUAUUGUAACCUUUCCUGUAGUGGAGGAACUUUCCCAUCAUGAGAACCUGGUCUCCUUCCUGGAAACUGUGAACCAACCACAACAGCAAAAUGUAUCUGUCCAGGUGUCGCACAGCAAUGAAAAGGAGCACAUGUGUACAGUGGUCUAUUUUGAUGACUGCAUGUCAAUCCAUCAGUGUAAGGUUUCCUGCGAGUCCAUGGGAGCGUCAAAGUACCGGUGGUUCCACAACGCUUGCUGCGAAUGUGUGGGGCCCGAGUGUAUUGACUACGGAAGCAAAACAGUCAAGUGCGUGAACUGUAUGGUUUAAGUCCUAUCUCCAUGAAAAAGAAAAGAAUUCACUCUAUAUUGCAUUUUACCCCCUUUCAUGCCACUGAGGUACGCUAUUUUUGGGCAAAUUAUAUCUCCGACACCAUUUUUGGAGUGAAAAG